UCAGAAUUUUCAAAAAAUCGAUUUUUUUUUUUUUGCAUUUUCUUAAAGUAUAAUAUUUUAAAAAUAUUGUGUGAAAAUUUGAAGUGAAUCCGACAAAUUCUUUUCGAGUUAUUUAACAAUGACCAAAGGACGCUCGGGUGCUACGUGGCAUUCGAGAGCAGGUAGCUAGAAACAGCUGCAAGCAACCGACUUUUCGGGUUUCAUUGUCAUGAAUAUCUCCCCAUUUUAAUGUAUUUAUAAUUAUAUAUAUAUAUAUAUAUAUAUAUAUAUAUAUAUAUCCUUCUACAUAUAUUCACAAUUUGUAGGUAGUACAAGAACUGAAAAAUAAUUUUUGGUUGCCAGUAUACCUGUAGUCGUUGCACUGAUCAGUCGAUAGUUUUGUGAUAAAUUAUUUCUCAAGUGAAUUAAAUUAUUAACCAUGGGACGUGAUUCUAGAAAGGUUUCAAGAGAACUUCGGAGUUCUGAAAAAAUUAAUAAGUCGCGUUCAGUCAAAAGAAAGAAUGUUUUUAAUCCGAAAACAGCCGAACGUGAUGAAAGUAUUCAGAGUACAUCUUCUAAAAAAUUAAAACAAAACACUGAAGAUGAUGUACCUGAAGACAGCAGUACUGAAUUUCGAAUAAUAAAUUUUAUUCAGGUAUUCACUGCAAUUUCUGCUCUUAUAAAAUGUAAAAAAUGUGAUGGAAAUGUAGUGUUUCAAACAGCAAGUACACGUGGGCUGGGAUUCAAAAUUGUAGUUGCAUGUAAUAACUGUGGAAAUGAAUAUAUUCCUUCCUGUUCUUUCGUUGGGCAUUCUUAUGAAAUAAACAGACGUUUCAUUUUUGUAAUGAGAAUACUAGGAAUAGGAUACGAAGGAUUGUGCAAGUUUUGCGGCCUGAUGGACAUGCCGUCUUUUUUAGAUAAAUCUACGCAUACAAUUUUACUGAAACAGAUUUUGAAUUGUAGUAAAGCCGUCGCAGAAACCUUCAUGACGAAAGCUGUGAAUGAAGAAAAGCAAGCAAUGCCAACAACUGAAAAUGAAGAUAUAAAUCAUCUAACUGUAUCGGGAGAUGGAACCUGGCAAAAACGGGGAUAUACAUCGUCAUUUGGAGUUUCUUCUAUAAUUGGCUAUUUUACUGGAAAGAUUCUUGACAUAAACAUUAAAAGUGCAUAUUGUAAGCUAUGUGAGUAUUGGAAAAAAAAAACAAAUACUGUUGAGUUCGAGGAAUGGUAUCAAUCGCAUGAAGAUGUGUGUUCUGCUAAUCAUCAAGGGUCUUCUGGGAAAAUGGAGGUGGAUGCGAUGGUCGAAAUGUUUUCGUAUUCUGAAACUAAAUAUGGAGUUAAGUAUGCCAACUAUAUUGGUGAUGGUGACUCCAAGACCUAUUCAGGAAUUAUAAAAUCAGAUCCUUACGAAAAUACAACUGUAAAUAAAAAGGAAUGUAUAGGGCAUGUCCAAAAGCGGAUGGGGAGUCGAUUACGUACGCUGAAGAGUAAACAAAAAGGUCUUGGUGGUCGAGGUAAGCUCACAGGAAAAUUAAUAGACAAACUAACUGUGUACUAUGGUUUAGCAAUACGCCGGCAUUGUGAUUCUAUUGAAAAUAUGAAAUCUGCUAUAAUGGCAACCUUUUAUCACUACGGCUCGAGUGAUGAAAAACCGAAUCAUGAUAUGUGUCCAAAAGGCGAAGAAUCUUGGUGCUCUUACCAGCGCGCUGAAGCAAGAGGAGAGCUUGAUACCUUUUCUCACGAUUAUUCUCCUUUACCUUGUGAUGUUUUAAAAGCUAUCAAGCCUAUAUACGAAGAUCUUAGUAAUGAAAAUUUACUUUCAAGAUGUGUAGGUGGAUUCAAUCAGAAUAAUAAUGAAAGCUUUAACCAACUAGUAUGGAAAAUAUGCCCAAAAACGGUAAAUACUAGUUUUACUAUCGUACAAAUAGCUGCAUACGUUGCUAUGUGUAUAUUUAAUGAGGGUAUAAAUUCAUUAUUAGUCUUGAUGAAUACACUAGGACUUAAUUGUGGGCCUAAUUCUCAUCGGUAUGCAGAAAGAAUGGAUGCUGCACGUAUCAAAGUAGCAGAUAAGCGCGCUAAUGAUAACACCCGAGAAGGUCGAUUGCAACGUAGGCACCAGCAAAUCGAUAUUUUGGAAGCUGCUAUGUCGGCUGAAGAGCUAUUAUAUGGUCCAGGAAUAGAUGACUCAGUAUGAAUCUCCAAGGACUUAUGAUGAUCACCGCAAAGGACUUCGGGAGGAACGGGCUCUACAAAAACAGCGAUAACUUUUUGAAUUAUUAAUUUUUUUUUUUGAAAUUUUCGUGAAGUCAAAUCGAAACGUGUUCUAAUAAAGCUAUGUUUUUAUUUUUGUCAAAUAAAGUAAUUAACUACAAAAAAAAAAUUAUUGAAAAUCAUCAUUUUUUCAUACCCCUGAGUACCC